AUGUCGGCUUCCACAGUCCCUAUGGGCCAGUACCUCUUCAGGAGGAUCAGGGAACUGGGCACCGAACACAUCCUCGGAGUUCCAGGGGAUUUCAACUUGACACUACUCGACGAGAUCUACAAUGUCCCCGGUCUCAAAUGGAUUGGCUGCUGCAACGAACUCAAUGGUGCCUACGCGGCUGAUGGGUAUACACGUAUCAAGGGAGUUCCAGGCGUGUUGAUCACAACCUACGCUGUGGGAGAGCUAUCGGCCAUGAACGGUGUUGCUGGUGCUUACGCAGAGCACGCAGGCAUGAUCCAUGUUGUUGGCAUGCCGGCUAGAGCAAUGCAAAAGGCUCGAGUCAUGCUUCACCAUACCAUGGAGCCCAACAUGAACCACGCAAUCUACAUCAAGAUGGCCGACCCCAUCCGAAAAGCCCACGCAUACCUGAUGGAAGACAGUACCAUGGCCGACGAUAUUGAUCGGGUCAUCGUGGCCUGCGUGCAUAGUCGCCUUCCAGUCUACAUAUAUGUUCCUACAGACGUGGUGUCGGUACAGUUGGAUGCAAAACGUCUAGAAACGCCGCUAGACUUCAGCCUCCGCAACCCUGACGCAAAGACCGAAGACGAGAUUGUGGGGAAAAUCCUCUCGUUGGUCGCCGCGGCAUCGAAACCCUCUAUCCUUGCAGACGUACUUGCAAUCAGACAUGGGGGGCUGGAGCUGACAAAGAGAUUGGCCGACAUCACCCGCUUUCCCAGUUUCUCAACGCCUCUGUCAAAGGGUGUCAUCGACGAGACAGCUCCGUACUACUACGGACUGUACAAUGGUCAAGCGUCGUUCCCUGGAGUAGCUGAUGCGGUCGAAAAGUCCGACUUGGUCAUCAACCUUGGCCCACUGUUGUCAGAUUCGAAUACGGGUGGCUUUACCAGACAAAUCAAAGACGAGAACCUGGUACGCCUCGGGCACGACUUGGUGCAGAUCAAGGGAGAAAAGUUUGAUGGAUAUCACUUUUUGCCAAUUUUGCGGCGCCUGGUUGCCGAGUUUGAAAAACAGCCUCAGAAAUACAACCUGCCUCGGCCGCAAAACGGACCGAAGGUUGAGCCGCCGGUGCUGAACACCUCUACAUCAGGACAAUUGAAGCAAUCCUUCGUCUGGCAGAGACUCGGACGCUUCCUCAAGGACAAUGACAUUGUCUUAGCGGAGUCUGGCACAGCACAAUUUGGCAUGCCCGACGCCACUUUCCCUCGGAACGCCAGAUACAUCACACAAAUCUUCUGGUCGUCCAUCGGAUACACCGUUGGUUCGUGUCUAGGAGCUCUUGUGGCUGCCAAAGAACUGAAAUAUCCCGGACGUGUGGUACUCAUCGUAGGCGAAGGCAGUAUGCAGAUGACGGUCCAGGAGAUCGGAACUUACCUUCGCUAUGGAUUCAAGCCAAUCAUAUUCGUCAUCAACAACAAUGGGUACUCUAUUGAACGGGCCAUUCACGGUCCUGAGCAGGGUUACAAUGAUGUCAGCAUGCUGUGGGAUCAUCAGAAAAUGCUCGAGUUUUUCGGUGCGAGAGCAGGAACCGGCAUCAAGGCCAAAAGCCGCGCUACGAAGACCGUGGAAGAACUUGAAGCUGUUUUGAAUGACGAGGACUUUGGUAGUGGAGAAAUGAUCCAGCUCUGUGAGAUCUUCAUGGAUGCCUUUGAUUACCCCUGGCGACUGUCGAAGCAGUUGGAGAUCGCACGAGCACGGAUGAAGCAGGCUGCCGCUUAG